UAUAAUAAAAUACACAGGUGACUGUUUCGAUGGUCUGUCCAGUGUCCACACCUUCAGUCGGGGUUAUUAUUACUGAGCGCGUUUGGUCGAUACAACCAAAAGAAAUGCCUUCCAUUAAAGAUUUAGCGCUGAGUUAUGAAGCUCUAAAUGAAGAGAACACUUUCACACAAGGAGAUACUAUAAUGGGUAAGCUUUCUUUCACUUUGACCAAAGACACUAAAGUGAAGAGCCUCGGCGUUAAAGUCAAAGGGCACGCCUAUGUUCACUGGACAGAGGGAACCGGAGACAGGAGGAGAAGCCACACUGCAAACAGAAAGUUCUUUAACGUCAAAAAGAAAUUUGUGGAAAAAGCUUCCGAAGGCACUGUGCUUUCAAAAGGAGACCAUUGCCAUAAGUUCAGUCUUAAAAUCCCAGAGCAGGACAUGCCAUCAUCCUUUAAAGGCUUUCAUGGAAAGAUCACGUACAUGCUUGAAGCCAAAAUGUCCAGGAGCAUGAGGAUGGCCUCAACAGAACAAAAGGAGCUCAAAUUUGUGUCAAAGUCCAUAAGGAGCCACAGCCAGGGCCCUCUUUCUACUUCUUUGGAGAAAGGAGGUAUCCAAAUGACGGCUACUGUUGACAAAAAUGUUUGCUCCCCAGGUGGAACUUUUUCUGUUGUUGCCAAAAUCGCCAACUCCUCCUCCAAGACAAUGAAGCCCAAAUUCAACUUAAUGCAGACAGUAAUCUACAACGCCCACAGUUCCCGUAAGCACAGCUUCCACUCCCAGUGCAAAAUGGUGGGAGAAAGUAUCGGACCAAAAUCACAUGAAACUGCCUCUUGCCAGCUGCAGGUUCCUACUGACGCCGUUUGCUCCGUAACAAAUUGCGAUAUCAUCUCAGUUACAUAUGCUAUCAAGGUGUAUUUGGACAUCAAGUUGGCCUUGGACCCAGAGGUACAGCUUCCUGUGUUCAUUGCUCCUGCAAAAAUGUGUAUGGCUAUGGGGCCUUAUUCAGCCGGGCCUGCUGGGGCCCCAGGUUACAGCGACUUCCCUCCCCCAUCUUUCCCUAUGGGGCCUUAUUCUGUACCUGCAGGUCCAAGCGCUCCUUUCCAGCCUGGUCAGGCCCAGGGGCCUUACCCAGUUGGGGCUGUUGGCGCACCAGCUUUCAGCCAGUUUCCUCCUCCUACCUUCCCUGCUGGGCCUUAUCCUGCACCCACUGGUCCAGCUGCUUAUGGAUACCCAGCACCAGAUCCCACUCAACCCCCACCCACAGCAAGUGGCUAUAAUCAGUGGCCACAACAGCCUCCUCCUUAUGGUUAUCCAACCGCACCUUUCCCUCCAUCGUUGGUGCAGCCACAAGCCCCUGCUGGGGAAAACCCUCCAGGAUAUCACUCCCUUUUUCCCCCUCCUCAUUCAAAAUAGCACAGAUCAUUAAAACUGAGCUCCAAAUGGGGCCCUUACA